AUGGGGAAGAUGCUGCCAGCCCAGGAAGCGGCCCGGAUCUACCACACCAACUAUGUGCGGAACGCCCGGGCCAUGGGGGUGCUGUGGGCGCUCUUCACCCUCUGCUUUGCGGUCAUCAUGGUGGUGAGCUUCAUUCAACCCUACUGGAUCGGUGACAGCAUCGACACUCCACAGGCCGGCUACUUCGGCCUCUUCUCCUACUGCAUUGGCAACGCCCUGACUGGCGAGCUCAUCUGCAAGGGCAGCCCCCUGGACUUUGGCACCAUCCCCUCCAGUGCCUUCAAAACGGCCAUGUUCUUCGUGGGCAUCUCCACCUUCCUCAUCAUCGGCUGCAUCCUCUGCUUCAGCCUGUUCUUCUUCUGCAAUUCAGCCACUGUCUACAAAAUCUGUGCCUGGAUGCAGCUGGCGGCAGCAGCCGGCCUAAUGAUAGGUUGCCUGAUCUACCCGGAUGGUUGGGAUUCCAAUGAAGUGAAGCGCAUGUGCGGGGACAAAACUGACAAAUACACACUAGGGGCAUGCACCGUGCGCUGGGCCUUCAUCCUCUGCAUCAUUGGGAUCCUGGAUGCCCUCAUCCUCUCCUUCCUGGCCUUUGUUCUAGGGAACCGGCAAGAUAAUCUCCUCCCAGACGAUUUCAAAGUAGAAAAUAAAGAGGAGGGCCAUGAAUGAAGAAGCUGAACACCACAAGACAUCUAGGGCCCCUCCAGGUAACGACCAGAAACUUGAUGCUUUUCUUACACAUUUUGAAGGAACUCUAUUCUCC